AUGACAACAUCUCGUGAAUUUUGGUAUUUACAAUUAGAAGAAUACAAUUUGGAGUCUCGUUUAUCAUUACCAGUUGACCGACAUCGCUUGUCUAAUGAUCAUCGAUCGAGUUCUGCUUGCAUCACCCACAUCCCUUUUGACAACGAGAUUUCACAAUUAUUUCUUGAUUAUGCUUCUGCACAUCAUGUGACACUAUUUCAGUUAGGUCUGAGUACAUUAUGUGCUCUUCUUUUCAAGUUAACUCAUGGUGAAAAUGAUUUAUGUAUUUCGUCUCUUAAUGCUAAUCGAUAUCGAAAUGAAUUACAAAAUAUAAUAGGAAUGUUUAUUUCGACACUUCCAUAUCGUAUUCAGCUUGAUCCGCAAUGGUCAUUUGAUGAUCUAGUUAAAUAUGUACGAGAGAAAUGUUCAUCAAUUCUUGAACAUUCACAUUAUCCACUUCAACAUAUUCUUGCUAAUUCACAUAUUAAUCAAUCAAAUAUUUCAUUUCUUGAAACAAUGUUUGACUUUGUAACAAUAUCGUCACACAGCGAUGAAUUAUCUUUAGAUGGAGCAAGUGUCAAACAAGUGCCAUCAGAACAAUCGUUUGAAGUGGCUAAGUUUGAUUUUAUGUUAACAUUUAUGUAUAAUACAAUAUUGGAAAAUAAUAGAUUAUCAUGCCGUUUAACUUGCUCGAAUGAUCUGUUUGAUGAAAAUACAGUUACAAAUAUAGGUCGAAGGUUAGAAUACUGUUUUCAACAACUUUUUUCAACGAAUGAAAAUAUGAAUCGAAUGGAUACAUGUUAUACUUCUAUAUCGAAAUUUGAUCUUAUUCUACCAGAAGAAACUCAAGAAGUGGAGGAUACUAUCUUUUGUCGACAACCACAUAUAAUGAACGAAGGUAUGUUUUUCUGUAUAUCACGUUUUUCAUGCUUGACAUUUGUAUCGAUAAUCAAUAUAUUAUGUAAAAAUAUCACUACAAAUCUGUUCCUAUAUCGUUCUGAAGAAGCAUGA